AUACGGUACAAAACAUUUCUAUGCCUUAAAUUAAUCAUACACACAACAUGGAAGACAGCAGACAGCAGAGAAAACAUGUGUCCUGUGAUUCAAUGACACAGAACAUCUUGCAUGUCAUUAAAAGAAAUUGUGGUGCUCUCGAUAUAGAGUCCAAAAGCAUUCUCGUCCAGAAACGCCAAAAAUCAUUGAAAGAUGGAGAUUUUUGUGUGCCAAAGGGGUGUUUUAAAAUUAAUGAAGAGGAGUUUCGUCAUCUUAAGGAGAAACUGAUAGAAGAGAGCAAGCCGUGGACAUGCCCAGUGAGAAAAGUGAUGUCAGAUCCAUACAACAGUUUACUGAUUUCUCUAGACAGGUCUCUCACCUACAAAAGUGUGAUAUCAUCCCUCAUCCAGUCAGAGGUUCCAUGUGCAAAGGUUUCAAAGAAUGAAAUAGAAAAUGACACUCAAAAGUGGAAUGACUCAAAGCCAUUGGAAAGGACUGUAUUAGUGCAUGUACCUGACUGUGGUGAUUGCAAGACUCUGGAACAGCUCAGGGCAUUAGUGCUGACACAGCAUGUUAUCAAUCUGUUGCAUGCUAAUGGGCUGAAAACCAAGCUUUCACUAUUGAAUAGUGAUGCAGACACUCAGAAAUGGAAAAAGCUGCUGAAUUUUAAUUUUGAUUACGUCCAAAGGAAAGAGGAAAAGUGUGUUGUUGAAAAUAUUCUUGAUCGAGCAAGACAUUCAGAAUACAGACUCUCUCAGAAAAGAUCAAAUGAAGAAGAUCAUUCAGUGCUUCAUACAGAAACCACAUCUGAAUCUGACCAUAAUACAGCUGAUGUAAAGAAACUGGAUAAGCUGGUUUUAGAUGCUGAAAAAUAUUUGGCAUCAACAUCAACAGAUAGUGGUGUUUAUGAUAAAAAUCUAGGAAAAGUUCAUCUCACUGAAAAAGGUGGAAUUACAGAUACGUUGAUUCAAAUGUCACACCUACAGACAUGCAUUGAAAAGAUGGACAAGUGUGAUUGUGUUUUACACAUUGUUCAAGACAAGAAAGGUUUUCAGCAGCAGAAGAUUGAUAUAGGCUUACAGAUGUUAGUAGAAGGAAUGCCUAAACAGGUUCAUAUGCUUUAUGGGUCAGUUACAGAAAGGAAAUCAGCAGCUACUCAGAAAUUGAACACAGAAGAAUUUUAUAGCUUAAGGUUUGGCCAAAUGAAGGAAGCCUCUGUGAUGAAGUAUGGAGAAUGUGUUAAAGGUCCUGGAUGGAACAAAACAAUAGAGAACUUAACCGUGGCUAGUAUGAAGUUUGAAUUGCUUCUUAAUGUUCCACGGAAUAUAGUGAAGCUGGAUCUAUCAGAGGGCAAUGACUUUGGGGGAGGGGUAGACAACCGAGCGGGGGCAUUUGUGAUGUACAACUGUGCAAGACUAGCCACUCUCUUCAAACAUUUCAACAAGGCUGUAGAUGAUGGAACAUACCCACCAUUACCUAGCUUGGAUUCCAUUGACUUUAGCUUGCUUAGAGAAGAGGAUGAGUGGUCCUUGUUUUUCCAUUACAUUUUCCCUUUCCAUGAUGUGGUCAGAAGUACAGUGACAGAACUGCUGCCUAGUAAAGGCAUCUACACCAAACUUGGCACCCACAAGAUAUGCAAUUACCUGAUUGGACUGAGCCGAAGUUUAAGUUCAUACUAUAGCCACACCCAUGUUCUUGUGGAAAAUCGUCCUAAUUUACUUCCAACCAUGUAUGCUCGUCUCUAUUUAUUGAAAGCUCUACACUUCGUGAUGACGGAAGGUCUACAUUUGUUGGGAGUUACUCCCGCAACCCAGCUUUAGUCUGUGAUAGAGUAUUGAAAAUGGACAGUAAUUCUUGCUUAUGUUAAAGCAUGGAGACAGAUGAUUGAUGAAACCUUGGGAUUUUUAUAGUGAAAGUUGUGAUGGACAAACACAGUUGAAUAUUUGUACAAUUAAGUCAUGUUGGAAAUAUUUAUGGAGAGGAUCUCUAAUAAAUGAAGACAUCUAAGAAAAGAAAAAUUAUUUUUUUAGAGG